AUGAUUAUCUACGAGGACCUGAUCUCCGGUGAUGAGAUUCUCUCUGACACCUUCGACAUUAAGCCCUCUGCCGACUGCCCCAUCCUUUGGGAGACCGACUGCCGCAAGUACAUGAAGAAGGUCGGCGAGGACUUCGAGCUCGCUGGUGCCAACCCCUCCGCCGAAGAUGCCGCUGAGGAUGAUGGUGGCGAGGGUGAGACUGUCAUGGUCCACGACAUUGAGGACCAGUUCCGUCUCGUCUGGCUCAAGGUUGAGGAGGGUCUCAAGCCUUCCAAGGAGGCUUUCAAGAGCCACCUUAAGGGUUACGUCAAGAAGGUCAUGAAGAAGCUCGAGGAGUCCAAGUCCGAUGCCCGAGUUGACCCCAAGGUCGUCGACGAGAAGAUUGCUGAGUUCAAGGCUGGUGCCCUGGGUGCCAUCAAGAAGAUCACCGCCAACUACGACAACUACGAUGUCCUGAUGGGCCAGAGCAUGGAUGGUGAUGCUAUGCACGUCCUGAUUGACUUCCGUGAGGAUGGUGUCACCCCCUUCGCCACCGUCUGGAAGCACGGUCUCAAGGAGGUUAAGGUUUAA